AUGGUCAAUAAUAAUUUAACUACAAAUAUUGUGGUUAACCACAAUGGGGAACAAGAGUUGGAAUUAGUAGAUAAUACAUUUAAUACAAACACUGAAAGUAUUCCUUCACCACUAUUACAACCCAAUCCAUUAUUAACUGAUGACACCAAUAACUCAUUUGCCGAUUACAAUAAUGAAUUAAAUAAAAACUAUUACCAUGAGCAGUUUGAGGAAUUAGAAAAAAUAGGUAGAGGCGGUUUCGGGACAGUGUAUAAAGUUAUGCAUAAAUUGGACGGUAACGUGUACGCCAUAAAAGUGAUCAGCCUUAUUAAAACUAGUGAUGAGCACAAAUACCGAGUUCUAAAUGAGGUAAAAAGUUUGGCAACAGUGCGCUCACAAUAUGUGGUACAGUAUUACAACUCAUGGCUCGACGACUAUAGCAAUCAACUGUACAUUCAAAUGGAGUUUUGUCCGCAAAGUCUGCGGUCACUGCUUAAGGAUAAAGGGCUGGCAUUUGGCAGACAAUCGGCGGAACCGAUGAAUGUUUACGAGUAUUACAUUUCAUGCGAAAUAUUUAAAGAGCUCUUACAGUGUGUCCAGUAUUUACAUGAGUUGAGCCCUCAGAUAAUACAUCGGGAUUUGAAUCCCGAUAACGUAUUAAUCGUAUAUAAUACUAAUGCUGAAAAUAAUUGUUUUAUUAAACUGUGUGAUUUUGGCCUUGCUACUUUACACAAUCCGGACAAACAUUAUAGGACAAAGUAUAAGCAUACUUGUGAUGUCGGCACAUUAAGGUAUGAGGCUCCAGAAGUGGCCAAUAAAAAGUAUGGCCACAAAUCUGAUGUCUAUAGUCUGGCUCUAAUUGGGGGCGAGAUAUUUGACCUCGAGUUAUAUGAAAGGACAUUAAAUACCUACCCGAGUGACCAUAUGCUAAAAGCAUGGGUUGUGUGUUUGCACCGUAUGUUGCAGUCAAUGAUGUCGUUUCCUAUAUGGGAUGACAGGCCUGAGUGUCGGCAAGUGUUGGCCAAAUAUAACGAGUGGUCGAUUGAAAAGACUUAUGUCGUUGAAAAUAAGGAUUUUAAUAAAUGUGAACUGAAGGACUCAUUCGCCAGAUUUGGUGACGAUUUGUGCGAAUUAUUAUUGAGUUAUUUGACUGCGAGUGAAAAGUUUAGCUGCGAAUGUGUUUGCAAACAAUGGCAACGAUUGGUAUUCAAUAGCAUCACAAAACUGGUGGUCGGAGUGACCGGAAGUUGGGUCUCACAGGAGACGAGACCCGUGAAUAUGACGGCUCUGGAGGUGGCGCUCAGAAAAUGUGUUUUUAUCUCUACUAUUGAAGUAAAUCACAUCUCGAAUACUGAUCGCGAAGUCGUGUUUCAACUGAUUGUCAAUUGUCCAAAACUAGACUUUUUAGACAUGAAUCGAUUGAGACAAACGACAAACACUUUUGAAGGUUUGAGUGAAAAUCAAAUCAAACACUUGUCUAUUGAUUAUACAAUUCUUCGGCAGAAGUCUUACGUCAAAGAAUUGGCGAAAAUAAUUAACAAAUAUAUGAAUUGUUUGCAAUCGCUUAAAGUGACCGCUUUUGGUGGGAAACAGAUGGUGACUCCCGAUACCAUCGAAUCCUUCGACGAUUCAAUUGUGACCACAUUUUCCCGAUAUAUCCAUUGCUUAAUAAAUCUCAAGCAAUUGGUGAUCAACUCCACGAUAACUCUUGAAGAUAAUGUCACAAAUCCGUUGCGAGAGAUGUGCGAGAAGUGUUCAAACAUUGAGAUACUGGUGCUUAACAUACGGUGCAAAAACACGGGAUCCGUUGACCAGUUAUUUCUGGCCAUCAAUAGUCUUAAGAAAUUAAAGGGUCUGACGAUCAGUAUAUACGGCCGUCAUUUGGACAACAAUGAGCUGAUGAUUAGGUCCCAGCAAUUGGCCGAUUGUCGGCAAUUAAGGCGUUUGACAAUGCGUUUUGUGUCACUAAAUCGCGAGUUUAGCGGCCAGUUCUUCGUGGAUAUCGGCCAACACUUACCCCGAUUGCAACACUUGAAUAUCAACGAUAUUGAUCUCCGCGACAGCCAUACAGUGCCCGCAUUGAGCCAACUCUCGCACUUGCGGUCAAUUAACAUGAAUUCAAUGAUAAGAUUUACGGACCAAGAAAUGUGGACAUUUGUGCGACAGAUGUGUUGUGUGACUACUGUUUGUCACAAUCAGAUCCGACACCGACUCCGGAAGAAUGUAAAAAGGUCAAACGGCGAUCGCGGAAAUCCAUACGAAAGCAGAAAGAAGAUCAAAACAGAUCAAAGAGCUGAGCCAUUGAUAUCGACAUCGGGUCCGUCCGGGAACGGUAUUGUCGUGAAUGUGGGAGAAAUAGCGAUUCAAAACCCGCAUUCAAUCUCUUGGUAUAAAUGUGUGGCAAAAAUACCUAUGCGUCGGGCGAUCGGACAGAUUGUGGCCAAAUAUGCACGCGUUGUGUCUCUAAACGCUGUCAUCCGCAGUGUUCACACCGAUUGCAUCAAAAUGUUGUGCCAGAAGUGUGGACCCGAUUGCCAGUUCCUAACCAUCCAUAGCCUCAAUAAGCUUCAGAUCACACGCUCGGAGGCGCGACUCGUGGCCAAGAAAUGUCCCGAACUGAGAGAAUUACACGUCACGGCACACGGCAUGAUAACGAUCGACGAGUUGGACAUUGAGUUACUGUUGAGACGGUUGCCGAGUAUCGUGUCCUUCAAACUGAACGCUCCGAUCGCCGGCCAAUAUUGCGGCGAUGUUUUUGUACGCAUGAAUACCGGCGUCAAAGCCAUCGAAACGUCGGGCGAUUUGUUUAACGCGAGAGCUAUUUGUCAGUUAGGUUUGAAAGGAGCGAAUAAGUUGCGCGAACUGGCCAUCAGUCGCUUCGACCCGAACUGUAUGGAUAAGAUUGUCGUUUGUUUCAAACAAAUAAGAGUAUUGACAAUAGAUGUGCGGUCAGGAGUGGUCGACCGCCACCAGGAGUUUGAUUUGCAACCACUUUUUGAGUCGAUCUCACGUCUGGCAGACUUGAAAGAGCUGUCACUAACGCUGUCCGACAAUUGUUCAGACAUUGAUUACCUGACCGUCGAAGGGCUCAGAGAGUGUCGUAAACUGAAAGCACUGAACAUUACUAAUGGAGAUCUCGAAGAAGACUGUGUGUAUUCAAUCGCAAAGAAUAUCCCGAAACUCCGCAAACUGUCUCUCAAUUGGUGUGAAUUUCUUGUUGAAGAAUCCGAUACUCUAAUGGCGUGUUUGGUAUGGAUUAAAGACAUGAGACGAUUGUCUGAGUUGUCGCUGAAAGGCAACGAAGAAGUGACAGACAGUGAGUUCGAGUGGUUGAUCACAAACUGUCGGAAAAUCAAUCGCAUCGAUGUCUCGGACACGGAUCAGAUCACCGCCGAUGCCAUCUGUCAGUGCAUAGAUGUUUGUAGACAACAGCCCAACAGAUCCAUUGAAGCUGUGUUUAGCCACAACCUGAAGACAUCUGUGGAUGAACUCAAUCUAACAAUUUUUUAA